GAGUUUGUAAACAAUUUGGAUGAAAGAAGUUGGAAGUGUUUUAAUUUGACAUAAAAGAUGUGAAAAAGUUGAAACUACAUAUUUCGUCAUUACUAAAUUUUCAAACUGAAGAUUUUAUUAUGUGAUAUUUCCAAGAUUUUGUGAUACUGUUUGCAAGAUAAAGUAUCUAUUAGUUAGUAUGUUUAAUGCUGCUAAAUCAACAAAUGCAAUAAGACAAAACAUUGUGCAGCUAUUCAAAUCGUUAUGGAUUCGCAAGUCUUCUGCUUUUUCUCGAAAUACCGCCGAAAAGCCAUGGAGAGUGAUAUUUUAUGGUACAGAUGAAUUUUCUCUUUUUACUUUAAAAGCUAUGAAUGCCAGCAGAUUAACAUCAGAUUCCAAGAUUAUUGAUGCUUUGGAAAUAGUUUGUAUCAAGUCUGACUGUGCCGUCAGAACAUAUGCUGAGAAAAAUAAUUUAACCAUACAUGCAUGGCCUUAUGAUCUCCCUUCUGGCAUUUACGAUGUGGGUGUCGUGGUAUCCUUCGGACACAUGAUACCAACUGAUAGCAUCCUAGCUUGUAAGUUUGGAAUCCUCAACGCACAUCCAAGUUUGUUACCUCGCUGGCGGGGGGCUGCUCCUCUUAUUCACACCAUUCUCAAUGGAGACUUGGAGACAGGAGUCACCAUCACAGAAGUCUCUCCAAAUAAAUUUGAUAUUGGUAAAAUAAUAUUGCAAGAAAAAUAUAAGAUUCCAAAAGACUAUUCAUUAAAACAACUUUCAAAAGAUCUUGGAGAAAUGGCUUCCGAAAUGGUUCUAAAUACACUAAAGGGCUUGCCAAAUAUUUUGAAAACAAGCUACCCUCAGGCAAAAGAAGGAGUCAAAUAUGCGAGAAAAAUUAAACCUGAGCAAGGUUGCAUUAUAUGGGAAGAAGAGACCGCACUUCAAAUUUAUCGGAAAUAUAAAGCUUUUGAUGGUUUGUUUGAUAUCUACAGUUUUUGGAAAGGUGUGAAAGUUACGAUAAUGCAAAUCCUCCCACCAGAGGAUGCAGAAAAUGCUCAAAUUUCAAGAUUAGUCGAACAAGGUUUGCCUGGUUAUUGUUAUUAUCACAAGAAAAGGAGAAAUCUCUUUGUAAAAUGUAAGGAUGGAUGGUGUGGCUUAACAUCCGUAAAGAUACCAACUAGAGGAAAAAUUUCUGCUUUAGAUUUUUACAAUGGCUUUAUAAGCAAAGUAGAUUCUAAUCAAGCCUAUUUUUCUGUGAAAUAA